GCAUAUAUUGGUAGUAACUUCGAGCAAGAAGCUUUAAAAAGCAAUUUAUUUGCUGUAAGAAUGGAUGAAGGAUUUUCGGGUUUAGGUGAACUUGGUACUUUAGAUGAUACAAUUGAUUGUAGUGAAGAUAAAGAGUGGGAUACUCAGAUCGAUAUUGAAGAUAUUAACAAUGUUUUGCGUGAAGUAAGUCGUCUUUCAAAACUCGAUUUAUAG